AUUUAAGGUCUGAUGGGUUUAAGGUCUGACUGUUUCCGAACGCAUUGAGCUUCUCAUUCACACAAAGCAAAGGAUUUCCUUUUCCAAUCAUACUGAAAACACAAAGACACAAACAGUGCAAAGCAACUAUCAAAUAGGUAUCGCGGUCUGAAUACAGCCUGGAGCGCUGCAGAAAGGGCUAUACCUUACGUAAACCUGCUCUUUCCCACGGAUCGGGAACACCAAAAACGAAUUUUAAGAGGGCGAGCAGCUGCUCCCUGGUGUCACAAGAAGGGCGUCUAACAAGAGCUGUCUGACAUCACGUCGCGCUUCGUCACAGAGAUCCACAGAAGCACCUCCCUACGCAUGUCGAUAAACCCGCGUUCACUUCUGCACCUCCUCACUGAGUGACCGGAACGGGGCGGAUCAAGGGCUUUAGCGCGAAAGGCGAGGCUGGCAGCGGAGCCCCCCCGCCAGUGCAGGCGAGGACAGCGCUGAGGAGAGCCGGCCGUUUCCCCGCCUUCCCCGACCGAGCGCUGCUUCGGCAUUGCGGUUUCUAACAGCCGCCCAAGUCGUGAUAGCCACCCAUCAAGGUAACAGAGUGUCCUGCGAGUAUUCCCAGGUAUGUCCAGGGAGAGACCGGUGAAAAUGAGGGUAAGGGUGUUGCAUCAAUCUUUUCCGGGAGACAUGGAUGUCGGCGAGCGUUCACCGCUGGAAUGCGUAGAAUGAAGGUUUUUACGGGACUCAGAUCGCAGAGAUGUCGGUGCCUUUACUCAAGAUCGGAGUUGUUCUCAGCACGAUGGCGAUGAUCACCAACUGGAUGUCGCAGACGCUGCCGUCAUUGGUGGGGCUGAACACCACUAAGCUCGCAGUGGCACCCGGGGGGAUACCGGAUCGGAGCACCGGAGUGCUGCCAGCCAAUCCCGAGGAGUCCUGGCAGGUGUACAGCUCGGCCCAGGACAGCGAGGGCAGGUGCGUCUGCACAGUGGUGGCACCCCAGCAGACCAUGUGCUCACGAGACGCCAGGACCAAACAGCUGAGGCAGCUGCUGGAGAAAGUCCAGAACAUGACCCAGUCCAUCCAGGUUCUUGAUCAGCGGACCCAGAGGGACCUGCAGUAUGUGGUAAAGAUGGAGACACAGUUACGAGGGCUGGAGACCAAGUUCCGACAGGUGGAGGAAAACCACAAGCAGAACAUUGCCAAGCAAUAUAAGGCCAUAAAAGGAAAAAUGGAAGAACUUAGGCCAUUGAUACCAGUGUUGGAGGAGUACAAAGCCGAUGCAAAAUUGGUAAUGCAGUUUAAAGAGGAGGUCCAGAAUCUGACGUCAGUUCUAAACGAACUUCAGGAGGAGAUUGGAGCCUUUGACUACGAGGAGCUGCAGAGCAGAGUGUCAGAUCUUGAGGAGAGACUCCGUGCAUGCAUGCAGAAAUUAGCAUGUGGGAAGUUGACUGGGAUCAGUGAGCCCAUCACCAUAAAGACAUCGGGAUCGAGGUUUGGAUCCUGGAUGACCGACCCACUGGCACCGGAGGGAGACACCAGGGUCUGGUACAUGGAUGGCUACCACAACAACCGCUUUGUGCGCGAGUACAGGUCCAUGGCGGACUUCAUGACCUCGGAUAACUUCACGUCACACCGCCUGCCCCACCCGUGGUCUGGCACGGGCCAGGUGGUCUACAACGGCUCCAUCUACUUCAACAAGUUCCAAAGCCACAUCAUCAUCAAGUUCGACUUCAAAACCUCGUCCAUCAGCAAGUCCCGCCCACUGGACUACGCCGGCUACAACAACAUGUACCACUACGCCUGGGGGGGGCACUCGGACAUCGACCUGAUGGUGGACGAGGGGGGGCUCUGGGCUGUGUAUGCCACCAAUCAGAACGCAGGGAACAUCGUCAUCAGCAAGCUGAACCCCAACACCCUGCAGGUGAUCCGGAGCUGGACCACCAAUCACCCGAAGCGGAGCGCCGGGGAGGCCUUCAUGAUCUGCGGCACGCUCUACGUCACCAACGGCUACUCCGGCGGCACCAAGGUCUACUACGCCUUCCACACCAACUCCUCCACCUACGAGUACAUCGACAUCCCCUUCCAGAACAGGUACUCGCAUAUCUCCAUGCUGGACUACAACCCCAGAGACAAGGCGCUGUACGCCUGGAACAAUGGCCAUCAGGUGCUGUACAACGUCACACUGUUCCACGUCAUCCGCUCUGAUGAGCUGUAGGAGGCACCCGCUCUGUCACACAGCGUCUAAAUAGGUUGGAAUUGUGCUACAGAUAAAGUAGAACAGCAUACAAUAAAGACAUCUAUAUCUCUACAUACAUAUGUAUAAAAAAAGAGUAGAAAAUAAGAUCAGAUGCCAAAAGGUCACGCCUUUCUUUUUUAAAAAAUCUGAAACCUAACGAUUGUCACAGUGACUGUGUUUCUGAAGCCUUAUCUCCACUGACAUUUGACUCUUGUGUCACAAAUGAAUUUUGGAGGUGAGUGAAUGGGGUGAGCAGAGGGGUGGAGCAGAACGGCAGGAACACAGGAGCCAGUCAUAUCCUGUUUAUCACAAAUGAAAUAUGAAUUGAAAAUAUCACCUAAAGAAUGUGGGCACUGACUGUUGAAGGCACCCGUGUUUGUGACUGUGUGUGGAUUUCUGUCUGCAUGUGCUUCUGUUUCUCCAUGCUCCAGGUAAGGGGGAGAUGCUGUUUUGUUGUAUGUUCUAGUUUUUGUCAUUUAUUUGGUUAGUUCCCCUUUUGGAUCACUAGCCUGUUGCUGUUGAUGAAACUCCUGUCUCUGCCGCGUCUUUCUGUGCAGCGCACUGAUCACAGGAGAACACAGGAAGCUUGUGUUUCACGCGCUUUCUGUCGCAGACGCAGAUCACAGCAGCUUCCUCUGUCCCGCUUUCUCAGUGUGUUAUUCAGUGUGUUAUCACUGCAGUGACAUAAUUCAUAUCAAUAAACAGAUAUUCUUUGUUCUACACAAACCUCUCAGAGU